CCCGCCGGUCUCGGCGGCCGCCCAUUGGCUGUCGGGGGGGGCGGGGGGCGUGUCCCGGCUUGGCGCCGGCCAAUGGGCGCUGUGUGUGGCGGCGUCGCCAUGGCGACGGGGCCGUUCCCGGGGAGGCCGUGAUGGGUUGACAGGUGCGUGACAGUCGGCGCCUCUCGGCAGGCAGCAUGUACGGCAAAGGCAAGAGCAACAGCAGCGUCCCGUCCGACGGGCAGGCCCGGGAGAAAUUAGCGCUGUACGUAUAUGAGUAUCUGCUCCAUGUAGGAGCACAGAAAUCAGCGCAGACAUUUUUAUCAGAGAUAAGAUGGGAAAAAAACAUCACACUGGGGGAGCCCCCAGGAUUCUUGCACUCCUGGUGGUGUGUAUUUUGGGAUCUCUACUGUGCAGCUCCAGAAAGACGAGAAACAUGUGAACAUUCAAGUGAAGCAAAAGCCUUUCAUGACUAUAGUGCUGCAGCAGCUCCCAGUCCAGUGCUAGGAAACAUUCCCCCAGGAGAUGGCAUGCCAGUAGGUCCUGUACCACCGGGUUUUUUUCAGCCUUUCAUGUCCCCUCGGUACCCCGGAGGUCCAAGACCACCCUUAAGAAUACCCAAUCAGGCACUUGGAGGUGUCCCAGGAAGUCAGCCAUUAUUGCCUAGCGGGAUGGACCCAACACGGCAGCAAGGGCAUCCUAACAUGGGUGGGCCAAUGCAGAGAAUGACUCCUCCAAGAGGAAUGGUUCCUUUAGGACCACAGUCUGACCCUUGGUUAUCAUUGCAGAACUAUGGAGGUGCAAUGAGACCCCCACUGAAUGCUUUAGGUGGCCCGGGGAUGCCUGGAAUGAACAUGGGCCCUGGGGGUGGUAGACCUUGGCCAAACCCAACCAAUGCCAAUUCUAUACCUUAUUCUUCAGCAUCUCCUGGGAACUAUGUAGGUCCCCCAGGUGGUGGAGGGCCACCAGGAACACCUAUCAUGCCUAGUCCAGCAGAUUCAACCAACUCUGGAGACAACAUGUACACUUUAAUGAAUGCAGUACCACCUGGACCCAACAGACCUAAUUUUCCAAUGGGGCCAGGGUCAGAUGGACCUAUGAGUGGACUGGGUGGAAUGGAUUCACAUCAUAUGAAUGGAUCAUUAGGCUCAGGAGACAUGGACAGUAUUUCCAAAAACUCUCCCAGUAAUAUGAGCAUGAGUAAUCAGCCUGGCACUCCCAGAGAUGACGGUGAGAUGGGUGGAAACUUCCUAAACCCUUUUCAGAGUGAGAGUUACUCCCCUAGCAUGACAAUGAGUGUGUGAUCCGUUAACAAGUCUCGUCAUGAAGACCACAGUGAGUUGGCCCUCUUCAGAGAGUUACUGCAGAAGAAAAUUAUUCGUCCCAGUGUACAGUUUAACAAAAGGAUCUCAAACACAAUCAGACCCACAUUUUUUUUUCCUGCCAUCUCCCCUGUUUUGUCAAGAAAGUGGGUCCCAAACAUGAUUGAGAUAACCAUAAAGAGUGGCAAAACAGAUCUGCCCAAGAUGGAACUGCAAUUACCUGUGUAUGUACAUGCGUGGGUUAAUGUAUGUAUGUGUGUGUGACGCAGAAAUACACACAUACAUAUAUAGACCUGCAGGACAUUGUAAAACAUUAUCACAUGACAUCUUAAGUAGAAAUGAGAAGUAGGAACUUCUAUUCCAUCUUUUUUUUUUUUUUCACGUUUACAUUCUAAUUUUUAAACUUUGCUUUCCCUCUCCCCUCCUGAAUUGUUUUAUGUUGCAUAUAUCACUGCUCUAUAAGUUAUUUUUUAAAGUGAACUCAAAUGAUAAAUUCUUCUGAUUUUGUAAAUGUCUGCCAUUAUGGAUAGGAAUAAAACUGCUUAUAAGAGCUUUCAUUAACUUGUGUUUGAUACCAGUUACCCUGUGAAUCAUAAACUGUACUGUCUCAAGAAAUAGAAGAAAGCUCAUCUUAAUUUUUUUGGAGAAAUUUAAUAAUUUUCACCUAGUUUGGUGAUUUUUUUUUAUACUUUGCCUUUAAAAAAAAGAAGCACUGAAGGUUAUAUUUCUUCUUUAAUGGAAGCCUAAUAUCUGCAAUAUCUAUUUUAAAUGGAAGCCUGAAUUUGAUACAAGCUUCUCAGUUUAUAUAGAGUACUAUAAGGUUACUGUAUGCGAGCUCCAAUUGCUAUAGAAUCUAGCAAUAAAGUGUCAGGGCUUCUGCCCUUGGAAAUGAAUUUUCUAUUUAGCAUGAUCUUCCGUAGGGGUGGUAGCUAGAGGAAAUACAGUGGAGUCCUUAUUACCAAAACCUGUUCUAACAAUUUAUGUUUACGUUUCCCCUUUUCAGUAAUUCUCAACUAAAUCCUAACAAUCCGUGGUCCUGAUGACGAACAGUAUCUCCCAAGCCUAUUCAGAACAUCAGAUCACACUGGUACACGAAUUUACCCCCCAAACCUUUCAGUAAGCAGUCAGUUUUGUGAACCAAAAUGAGGGAGUAAACUUUUUAUGACUACUAUGCCUUGUGAGGGUCUUACCUUUCACCAUGAACAGAAGAGGCAAAAACAUCUAGGCCAUUUUAUAAGAUCAGUGUAUUAGACAUGAAAGCUGGGGGCAGAAUGGAGAAAAGGCAUAUGGUCUUUAAGGAAGAGCGUCUGGAAAUGGUCCCAAGUCUCCAGGCAAAGCUCUAAAACCAAGAUUACUGUAAAUAUAGUUCCUAGUGACUUCCAGUUCCCCCAUGAGAAUGAAAGCUUUCAGUUGUGUACUGGUCAAAAUGCUGAUCAGAAACAAGGGCUGCUCUACAACUGAUGCCAUAGACGAAAGCAAAGUCCCCACCUUGGACUUUGCCUAUAGAAGAGCCACUUAUAUAGAAAGAGCAGUUCUGAACAGAGUAUGUCCAUGCAGACUUUUAAGGGGAUAUUUUUCAUGAAUUUGUGCUGAACAAGUGUAUGUAGAGAGCUCAUUGUGAUGGUAGAUGCACAUAACUGGAUGCAUAAGUAGUACCAGAAUCUCUGAACUCAUUUUUAUUUUUAUAUAUGUAAUUUAUAUAUAUAUGAAAAUAAAAUCAUUUAACACUUUUUACUCUCUUGUUAGUGCUGUUCAAAGGUGAAACUCUUGGAGGCUUAAAAUUAUGUUAAAAUAUCAAAAAUUUUGGGAGCAUUGCUAUAUAGUAAUAAUAUCAUGAGCUAGAGAGUCAUUAUAUGGUUUUGUAGACUUUAUUCCCAGGAUUAUGGAGAUUUAAUUCAUUUGCUUAUCUUUGGAAAACAUUUUGUUGCUGUCUCAAAAUAUGCCAGGAGCCCCUACCAUUAAUUUGAAUUAUAAAAACAUAAAAUGAGAUCUAAUUUCCUGAGAUCCUUCAUGGUUGUCACUAAUAUCACUGGUUUCCGUGGUUAUGUGCCCAGUGCAGCCCAGCUUGUCCCAUAAAUAGUGCAAAGUCCAGGCAUCCUUGCAGCCUUCAUCUGACAUCUGUAUUAUCCUUGUUGGUAGCCUCUAAGGAGUAUUCUAGGACUGUUUUCUGCCCAGUUUCAGUCACACGAUGUCACUGCUCCUCGACUAAGGUAGAUGGAUAUGUCUGGACAUCCAGUGCCAAAGCCAUUCGUGCACAAGGUAAGUGUGCCCUUGAGUGAGCUCACGACCAGCAGGGUACAUCUGGGCCCUGCUGGGUGCCUCGAGGGGAGCCCCUGGGGCUCCUGCAUGCAAGCAGUGUGUCCAGUGGGCACCAAGAGCUGGCCUGGACAGCGUCAUUGACAUUGCAAGACUGGAGCAUCCCAAUGUGGCAAAAUUAAGCAGAAUUAAGGCUUAAUAUUAAUCAGACAUUCAAUUUAUUUUUUUUUCCUAAAUUUGGCAUUAGCUUCAAUAGUUUAGUGUACAGGCAUCUGUUGAAAAUAAGUCUGACCAUGAAAUUAAACCUAUGCAUAAAGCAGUACCCUUUAAAGGGAACUGCCAGCACAUUGAAUAUUAUUAUCAACAUACGAUAUCCCAAUUUAUCCUAAUCUUAUAUAUAAGAUAUAUAUCCUUUCGGGCACAUAUUUUUUUCUUAUGCAGUUCUUUUGAAUUCUAUGCAAUUUUUCUUUUUGCCAGCAUAUCAUUGUUUACCCUUUUAAUUUCUUUCCCAAACAGUUAUAUUAAAUUAAACCUUGUUGCAUUGAUCCUGCAGCAUUAAUAUCAGCAAAUACAUUGCUGGUCUCAAAAGGAACAGGAUUAGUCCCUGCUUCUUGUAGCCUGUAACUCCAUGCCCUGAUAUUGCAAGUUACAAAGUAUGUCCAGCACUUUUUAUGCCUACAGAGCCCCACAGAUUAGUGGGAUAACAAACGUGCAAGCUUGCAAAAUUUCAGAUUUGGGAGAUCUGAUUUAAUAUUCACAACACAUCUUAUUUUUAGAAUUUUAAUCAGAUAUAAAGAAACCUAAUCAUCUUGCUUUUUGUAGGGAACUCUUGCAUUCCUAUGCUUGCAUGCAUGGGGAAAGUUAUUUACGUGCAAAUUGAUAAAAUCAGGUGAUUAUGACCAUGCAUAGGUUCUGGAACUGAACCAUUAGAAAACAAUUGUACAUGCUAAAUGGUCAACUUAUAAAUUACAAAUAUCCCAUUCUUCUUAAAAUUUUCAUAGAGCUUUUUGCUUGUGCAUUUGUUUUCUCUCUUUUGCUUAUAAAUCCUUGCAGGAUUUCAUCAUAAACAGGAGUAUUAAUAUGGAAAGAAAGAUUAUUUCCAAGCACUGAUUUUAUAUUUCCACUUAUGUUUCUAAUGCACUAGAUAUCAAUGUGUAAUGUAACUGCUGUUUAUAUCUAUCUUUAUGCAACAGCAUUAUUGAUAAUGGCAGAACCUGUCCAGCUCUGGGAGGAAUGUUACAGUAAGUGGUGCCAGCUAGUUUUCCUACACCCUCUUUUUAUAGAGAUUUCUCACUUUCAUAUAGAAAUAAAUAGAUCAUGAUUCUGCCGAUGUGUCUUUCAGGCAAAGUUAAAGGAAGGCUUUUUUAAAAACAAGUGAUGAAAUCUUAGAAUAGCAGAAACAGGGGGAUAAUGGGUCUCUCUAAACCAUCAGAACUCUGGCAAAAAUUGUGGCCUUGGCAGAUGAAGUUGGGAUUCACUUGUGCAUUUCACAGUGAAGUUGGUAUUUUAGCUGGUAUCUCUCACCCAUGAGAAAGGAGCAUUCGUACACAGUUUUUGUCUCCAUGUCUAAGUCUUGCACAGACAAGAAUGGGGUUUAGGACGAGGAAGAAGCUGUAUGAAUCACUGCUAAAGCAUGUGGCCUGACGUGCAUUAAAGAAAUACCUGGUACUUGCAUGUAUGGACUGCAUUAUUUUCUUAAUUGUCUGAGCAUGAGGAAGAAGUGCAGCUGCACUCAAUGCUUGCUGAGUUGGUGCAUGCAAAAGACAUGGCAACGACAGUGAGCCAUGUCUUUGAUGUGCUGUGGGCUGCCCAAAUAUGCCCCAGCUUGCCUUGGGGUGACUGGCAUCAACAAGUGACAGCCAAGUCCCCCUGGGAGUCCCCAGACACCAGACCUGCAUGUCACCUUGUCAGGGAGAAUACCAACCUCCAGACUUAACAGCCUGCUCCACUCCUGAAUUCCCAAAGCAUGAGGUUAAAUGUCCCGUGUCCCACCACCAGUCCUCUGGAAACAUCUGGCCCGCACUCUCCUUUUAAAAUGCAAGGAGAGAGAUGUAGGCUAAUCAUUUAUCUUAAAUAAUUCAACUUGGGAAGAAGUGAAUAGAGCCUAGCUUCUUUAUGGAGAGCAAUUCGGAAUCACUGCAUAAGGGCUGCUUCAUGAACUGGCCAAAAAUCAUUUGAAUUUUCCCCUGUUCUGUGGUUAGCAAAUGAAAUACUACAUGUAAAGAGGAUUUGGAAUUAGAUGGGUAAUUUAAUGAGGGACCAGCUGUUACAAUAUUCAGUGUUGAACAUUUUACUUUCCUAGUUGAAAUGAAUUUUCAGCUGAUAAAUGUUGCACUGAUUUCUACUUCUCAAAUCAGUUAAAUAUUUUUGACUUUUAUCUCCUGUUCUAGUGAGCUCUGAUCCUUUGUUGUUGUUGCUAAAUACGGACUGAAUUCUUCAGGAUUUGACUGUAUACAUUUCCAUUUGGAGAAUGUAAAAUAGAGUUUAACAAUACAUCUAUAUACAUUUAAAAGGACAGGUAAAUUAAUUUUUUUUUAAUUCACUUUUAGUGAUGAUCUAAUACAGCUUCUGUCCCAAAUGUGCUUGGGUUUGGUUGUGCCCUCAGGAUGGGAACCCUGGUUAAGCAUAUCUGUUACGUAAAAACCCCCAAACCUCUUUCAACAGUGACAGCUCAUUUCUAUUCAAACUGAUCAUGCUAUGGAACUAAUUCAGGAUGUUACGAUACGCAACAACAAUAAAAAUUCAGUACGCUCAAAUAUAAAUGAGUUAGAUUUAAAUUUUAUUUUGUGCAGCUUCCUUUACUUUCCAGACAUUAUUGGCUCUGUGCUACAAGCUGCUGUUCAUGCCAGUUGUUCUACUGAAACUUUGAUGAAACCACUCACAUAAUGUCAUUUUUCUUGUAGGAUUUCACCCUAGUCUGUGUGAAAUUUGUCUGAGAUGUGACGUUAUUUUGCAGAUCUAUAAACUAUGGAGAAAAAUAAAAAGGAUCUGCUGAAAUUACCAAAAUGUUGUUUCAACACAAAGCACAGAGGGAAAAGUCCAUAUCUAAAUUACUGAUGUGAGUGCAUGCAUAGAAGUUGUCUGCCAGAGCUGUCAUCUUGAAAACAAAUUACAGUAACAAAUUUAGAGAAGAUAAGCAGACUGUCUACUCAGCAGUUAAAAUUCUGAUCCUGCAAACACAUUCACAUUGGUUUGAAAUAAAGCCUACACAUGCUUAAUUUUAAGCAGAUUUAACAAUACAAGUAAUAUCCUUCAGAAGAGUGGGACUGCUAAUAUGCUAAAACCAUGCUUGAGUGUGGACAGUCUAGAAGCUCAAAUUAAGUCUUCCCUGAGCAAACAUUUUAUCUUAUUUUAUGGAUUUUACCAGUGCAGGAACAUGUUUGUGUACUGAUAGUACUGAUAUGUGGAACAGAUUUGGCUUUCUUCUGUUUCUUAUUUUAUUACAGCAUUGUUCACUACUAAAUAUUAAAUAUUUUUGUGAACUUGUCCUUUCAUUUUGUUUUCAGUUGUGCAGCCAUAAUUUCCCUCAAUAUACAGCUAACAGCUUUGCAAUUUUAGUCCAAACAUCUGUUUGGUCACUGUUUUUCAUCUAAGCUUAAAAUAUGUAAGAAAACCUCUUAUGUAAUGGGAAAACUUGCCAUAAAAAUAAAAAGGGUUUUCUUGGGUACUUGUUUUCACAUUUAAUUAAAAAAAAAAAAAAAAAAGUUUUUCAGUUGUAAUUUGAAAUGGUCACUUUCUAGCCACUAUUUAAUAUCUCUGUGCAAAAGAAAUUGAGAAAAAUUGCCCCUUCUUCUUCUUCUUUUUUUUUUUUUUUUAAUCCAUUUGAAUUCAUCAUAAGUAAUAGUUGAAGGGCAUGAUUUUGGGGAAAUCAGAUAAAAACAAGAUUUACUACCUACCUGCUAUGAAUAAUACAGCUGGCCUUUGUGUUGAAAGCUCCUUCCAUGUCCCCAAAAGUGGAUUGCCUAACAUUUGAUACAUACAGCUUAGUAACAGCCUGAUACCCAAAGAGUUGCCCCACUCAUAUCUUCCGUGCUCAGCAUCCCAUGGGUGGCCCAGUGGCCCCCUUGACCGGUCGGGAUGCUUGGGGUUGGCAUUUUGGAGAAGAGCAACCGAGCGGGCAGACAAGCAGGCUUGUGCAGGGUCUGGACAGCACAUGGUGUUGGUGUGCAACCUGCUGCAGAUCGUCUGGCAGGUAGGCCCGGGGCUCCCUUAGGAUUUUAGUACUGGAACAAGAGUCUUGGUUUUCCUAAGAGAGAAUACUGGCAGCUUAGCACCAGUUUUUGGAAGGAAAUGGUACAGAACUGGUUUUGUUUGCUAGAUGGCACAUUUCCUCAGCAGCUUGGGCGUACUAGGAACCAAGACAAUAGGAUUUGGAAGUCCAGUUUGUUACAGAGAUACGCACAGCUCAUCAGAGUAGGAGGGAAUUACUACAUGGCCAAACCCACGUUUGUCCCUGUAGGGCGAGACCAUUGGUAGUCCCUUUCGAUGCAAAGAUUACCACAGUUCUUUGCAUCGAAAGCCACGAGGAGCUAAAUCAUCCACUGGAUGAGCGGGAUAUUUGUAGGCUUUAUUUCUGUUGUUUAAUCUUCGCGUUUUCUCCCCUCUCAUUUGGAUUUUUCCAUUAAAUGUACCAUGCCAGAUGUUUGCACAAAAACAAGAACAAUUUGCCCAAUAAACAUACAGGAAGUUGCUCGCAUCUGUAACAAGAGUCCUACUAUAGAGCAUUUAUUUCAUUAUAGACAUUGUGGCUGCGCAAGAUCCUGAGAGCUCUUAGCACUAGACAUUAGGAAAGUUAACAUCUCACAGGCUUAUUAUGCAUUAGACAAGAUGAUUUCCAGCAAUGACAUAAAAUAGCUUGAAACAGAAGUUGAUGUUUGCCAUGCAGAGUAGAGGAAAAUAAAAUCCAAAUAGAGCCUAUGUAAUUGAAGUAGGAGAUUACUAAGGCUAUAAUUUACUAGGAGGAUCUGAAAAGUGUGUUAACUGGCAAUAAGCUUGCCAGCAGCAAACAGCAACAAAACGGGUGGCGAGGACGCCGUGGUUGCUCUCAUGGCUGCCCUGCAGGAUGGAUGGAUGCUUGGUCUGAACAGGCUGCAGGCAAGGGACUCAUGUUAUGGGUGGCACAGUGCGAGUGCCCUUCCAGUGGGUGGCAAAGGCCAUCCAAACAGAGAACAUCCAACAGCUUAGCAGGAAAGAUGAGAGGCGUUUGCCACAUUGCCAUCUGAAAACAAGAUAUUCAGAAGCUGGUAUAAGCUGUUCCCAGAUCUAUUCUCAUUUUGCUAAUUAACUUCCAGUUUUGUUUUCAUUUACAUUCACAUUAAGAGUUAAGGAAGAGAAUACAAAUUCCUAAAUGAGCCCUGAAAUACCAGAGAUGGAAGGGUGGCAUCAGCACAGUGUAAGCUGGAGCUUUCUGCUAGUUGAGAAUCAAGUAACUUUAAAUAUUAGCAUAUUUUCAGGACAAAAAAUAACCCAUAUAAGAAAGCAUUUUGGUCUUGCAGUGGUUGUUUGAGAAGUGUAUACCAACAUGCCCUGUAUGCUUAAAGAUAAAUUGUGAGGGCAUUUUUUGUGGCAAGUAUCCCCUUGCAGAAAUGUCGGACUACAUCUAUUUUGUGCAUGUUUGCCUAAAACCACAAAAACAGAACAGUUAUUUAUGGGUUGCAUUACAUGCAAUUGGAAAACAUUUAUUUCUGGUGAAGAGAGGAGGAAAAUUGGGUAGCUGAUGUGUUAACAUGUUUAUGUGAAUUACUUAAAGCAUUGGUAAACUGCUGUCAACUUUGUUCACAUUACACACGUACUCUGUGUGGGCGACUGCUGACAUUAUAACCCCAGUGACCCAUGCAUAGUCUGUAAAUUCCUGUAGGUUCUGUGUAGGAAACCUUGUCACCAUUGCUCAAUGCUGUAAAUUCGUGUUCUGAAACAAGAAGGUGGCGGGGUUGUGCAGCCGUGUGUAUUGUAUACCACAACAAACAGCACCUGUUCUGUCAUCAAAACUUGCUGUUCACGUCCAGUUAAAGCUCUGUUAAGCACGCUUAGUGGUUUCAGAACAUAAUUCAAGCAGCAGAUACACAAGUUGUUAGCAGGAAUAUUAAAUAUAAUGCGUGAUGAGAGAACCAGGCCCAGUCUGUAGCCUGUCAGGCGCAAGUAGGCCACGGGUGGCUGCAGCUGGGCACGUCUCGUGAGCCCGAGCAGGCCGCGGGCUGUGCUUGCAAGCUGCAGACAGGGAUGUCAUGCCCAGCAGGCAGGGACAGCCUAGCUUUUCCUCCAGUGUCUCUUCUUAAAGCUUCUGCUUUGGUGCCAGGACAGAAACCCAGCCCCAGCACGUGCAGCGAUCAGGAAGCGCGCUCUCUGCUCUGUGUCCUUGUCCCCAGAUGCCACAGGCUUUACGUGAGGCAGUGUUUUAAGGAGAAUUUAAUUCUUUGUUUACUGAGAAAGAAAAAUAACCCAACUCUGAAUUCUUUUCUAUUGGUAUUUUAUGAUGCACAUCAAAGGCCUGAAAAUAUGUAUGUGUUCUUUGCUGGUUCCUGACAUCAGAAAUUCAAAUCCUGUCUAGACGGAAGGGCUUUGAGAUGAUGGGAAAAAGAAUGAAAAACUGGCAACACAACCUGAGAAAGUUGAAGGGGAUUUUUGGAUCAUUUCAAACUCUGUCUUAGUGGGUUUUAUUGAUAGUUUAAAUAACUUGUCUAACCUUUUGAAUAAAGGCAGUCUUUGUUAGUGACUUUGCACCUUAACCCAUUCACAUAAAGUUGAGUACUUGAAAUGAGUGUUGCUAGCACAUCCAAGCCAACCUGUUUAUAAAGUCUGAAUAUUUCUAAUGCCAAAAAUAAAUGUUUAAGGUGAAUAAAUAGAGAACAGGACAUAAUCCCGAUUAAAGAGGAGUAUUUUCUGGUCACGUACAAACAACUAGGCAGGUGUGUUUUAGACAGAGAUGGACUUUCCAUAUCGUAAGUGAAACUAAUAUUCCAACUCCAGUCUUUAGAAGUAAAAGGAACCUCAGAAAUUUUCCAAAUAAACAGGAAUUAAAUUUUCCAAUCUAAAUACUGAUAUAGAAAAUACAUAUAAAACAGGAUGCUGCCCCUGACCUAAAACAUUAAUACUGAUAGUAUUUGGGGUCUCACAAAUUCUGUAUAUUUCAACAUAUCUGUAUUCCUCCUUAAGCAAGUGCUUCAUCUCCAUUAUUGAUAGUGCAAAGAGCUAAUCCAUGCCAUACCAGAACAGUUCAAAAGCAUAGCAACACAAAAUUCCCGCAGUAUUAUAAAUAUACAGAUGUGUGUGUUAUGUUAGGGCAAGUAAUCACCCCAGCCACAAACUUCUUUAGUCCCUUUGCGUGACUUUCAAAAGCAUCUUCUUGGAUCGUUUCAGAAGGGCAGCAGGCUGUGCUGAUGAGAGGUCCAAAAAGCUGCCUGACAAUGGUCCCUUUCCAAAGGGUACAGGGUCUUGCAUUGAGGGGUCAUAACAAUUCCAGUUGCAGCCCUUAGGAGCAGUUGUACCAUGCGUACAUCUUAACCUGAAGCCUUUUUGGUGUCAGAAAACCGACCUGCACCUGAAGGCCUCCCUUCUUUAAAAAUCCUUUUUGAAAUGUCCAGCUGUUUUCCACAGCUGUUAAGCUGCUGAGAGGUUUGGUGGGAUUAGUUCUGUUGUACCAAGAUAAAACUCUGUGUGCCCUUGUAUACACAGAAAGCCUCCCCCCCAGGGAGGUGCCGCUGAGAGCCAGUCUAGCACCCAGAAUCUCUGGUGUCUGGAGAAGCCUCCAUGUCUAAGGACCAAACACAGAAACAAGGUGAUAAAAUCAAGCUUCUUUGUUUUAUCUUAAAAAAGUUCCUGGCAAGACUGGGGAGCUGCAAAGAAAUGGAUUGUAUGGGUCUGUGACCACAAAGCAUUAUCUGGGUUGGAGCCUCAGACAGUGCUAUUGCAGACUGUUGGGUAAGCGUAAAUUUAUACCUCUAUACCAUGCUUGUUUCUGUUCCACACUGGCCUGAUUCAUCCUACCCUCACUUCAGCUGCUUAAAAAUUAUCAGCCUCAGCAAAUUGGGUUUCCUCUCAAAGUUACAGGAGGGGCAGAAGCAGAGAUGCCUUCAGAAGAUUGUACGAUGGCAUCCAUCACCUUCUCCAUUGAUAUCUCCUGCAUGCUUUUAAGAGCAUACCAUUAGGUGGAAUGAUUUCAGGGUUUUUAUACUUUGCUUCCCGUCCUUGGACAAGGCUCAAAUGAGCAGGAAUAACAAGCUCCUGAGAAUCUGAAUCCAUGUGGCUUCCAGAUGAGUUUCUAAAUCCUUCAGUCUCAAACAUGAGAUUUUUGCCCUAUAGUUUGGUAUUCUCUCCUUCUGUACUUCUUUUUUUUUUUUUUUUAAAUAUAAACAGGUGUAACUUGAAUUAAGUUGUUUGAACAUUUCUGGAAGUUUUACCCCUGCCUAGAGAUUCUAGCCUUUAUUUGUUAAAUGGGCUCUCUCAUUCUUUGUCUGCACUGAUUCAUUCAUUUAAAGCAACAUAUGAAGAAACCAUUGCAUAGAUGAAUCAACACCAGCAAUAGCAUAUGCUGCUUUUAAAUUCAGCUGUGAGGUUGUAACUAAGAUAUUAAUGUAUAUACUUUCUAGGAAUGACUAGGUUCCUUUCCUAAGAGCUUUCAGGAAUGAAUCUAGAAGCUCCUAAUUUAGGAUUGUGAAAAUUCAGGUAGUAAUGGCAGUUUAUGGGGAUUUUUUGUAAGCUUUCUGUAAAUGUAUAUAAUUUCACAUGCUGGUUUGGAGAUAAGGAAAGUACCCAGUUUCAGAUAGGCCAGGUCUUUGAAGACAGCGUUACUGUCUGGGUUAGCAAAGCCCAUCUAGGUUCCACCUCAGGCUCAUACCAUACACCUACUUUAUUCUCACCCAACUCAGUAUCUUUCUUCAUUAACCAUGCAUACCAAAUCAUAACAAUUGUACCAAUUCUUGUUGCAAGCUGAGGAAGAGCUGAGGUUUAAAAAUACAAAUGUUGAGCUUGGCACCUUUUCACCUUCAUGAAGUGUCCACAUUCUCUCCGCUGGGCCUCCAAAGAGUGGCUCGCUCCAAAGUUGCCGUAUAAAUUCAUCACACAAAAGUAGGUGAAAUUUAUUUUUUAUAUUUUAAUGAGUCUAACAGCAGCGGUAUUAGUAUGUUUGCUAUAUUUUCUGAGUUGUGAGUCAUUCAGUGUUGAAAAUGAUAUGCAUCUUGUGUAGCUAUGAGUAGAAAAUUUGAGAAAUGCUUUUUAUGAUAUGCUAGUACAAUCCCUGCUCUGCUGUUCAAUAUUUUAAGUGCUGAACUAAACCAAAAUAUUAUUUUCAAGAAUUACCCUAGCCUCAUCCCUGCAUGAAAAUGGAUGUGAAUUUCCCGUUACUGCUUCUGGGUCUUCAGUGAUUUCUGGACCAAGAGUAAAGCAGUGGCAGCGGGAAAGGUUACUGUGGUAGCCACUUACGGACAACUUUUCAGAUGCAUACCAUUCUGUCUGUCGCCUGAUAAUAUUCCAAUUUUCCCGUGGAUCACCAUAUUCUUGAACAUCUUGAUGGGUUUUGUCAGCCAUGGAGGAGAUGUGGACAAGCUUAGCACCCAGAAAGUGUAGAAAUGUAGCAAGUGAUGAGCUAUCUUCUCCAGCAAGCAUUUAUUUUUAGUGCUUAACUUUCAAGUAACGUUUAUAUUUUCAGUUAUAUUUUAUCAUUCAGUAUCUUGAGGUGGUUUGAGCAAAAAUAUAUGAAUAUAUAUAAUUUACAAGAAAUAUAGGCUUGUAUUGUGCCUUUGUAAUUCUCUUCAGCUUCAGUAUCUAUAAGCUAUGAGCGGACAAACCUUUGGGGUAUUCUUUACUACAUAGUAGCUGAUGGCUUCAUUAAUACUGGCUAUUUGAGUCUUCUGGGUCUAAUGUUUAUGUUUUCCCAGGUGAAAACGCCAUAGUGUUCUCCACCAGACAUAAGCACAAUGACAUAUCACUGCAAUGCAUGCCGUCUCUUAGCUUCUCUCUACAUGUGCUUGCAUGUUGAAAAUUUAGAAAUGCUGCUGUAUAAAUUGCUACCUUGUUUAUCCAAUACAGGUGUUUUUCUGCAUCCCUUGUUUGCUUGAAACUCCCAUUAACUCGAAAGUUAUCAUUGGCUUGAAAGGGAGUUGUGGAUGCACAAAGGAUGCAGGGAGCAACUCUUCGGUAGUUUACAGGCUGCUGUACAUUAAUGUCUUCUCAGCAAAGAAAUGUAGCAUUAGCAGUGACUUCCUAGUGAAAACACUGAGCGUGCUUAUCACUUAAGAUUUUAGGAAAAAGCGUCAGACUGUGUAAUUGUAUCUCAUCUAACUUUGACACCUAACCAGUAACAUUUGAUGAGGUAUGAGCCUCACUUUUAACUACGUUUGAUCAUGAUGUACCAACCAAUGCAGAACUGAAAGGUGAACAGCCAUGUUUUAAUAUCACAGCUACACAAGAAAUCACAGUUUUCACGAGGUUCUGUUCUGAUUUUUGUUUCCUUAUCUCUAAAGCAUUUUCACCGCAGAAGUAUUUUUCCAUACAGUUACCUGAGGCUUCCUUUCACCAACCAAAACAGUCCGUAGCCUUCUACACUGUGAAAGGCAAGCUCUGUGGAGAAACAUGGGCUUUGCGCUUGCCCAGCAAAUUAGCAGAAAAUUUCAUCCAAGCCAUAAAAGCCUUUUAUGUUAUUCUGUGUUUGUGUAAUCAAAGCAAUUAGGGAUAGGAGCUUCAGGAAUAAAGAGGUCUCUCUAUCCUCCGUUUUACUCUCUCUCUGUAAUUCGUAGGGAUUUAAGAGUUAUUUUCUCAAGGCUCAGCUGUGCCUCUCUAAACCAGCACAGUCUACGCAUCAUGUGAGAUUCAAUUUAUGGGGAUAACAUUUGAACACGUAAGAUUUACUUUUCAUAGCAAGGAGUAAUGUAUGUCCUUUUGGACAUGGACACUUGCAAACAAGUCUGAUACCAAGAAUAAAAAUUCAAGAUGGUACCAGUACAUCAGACUCUGUACUACAGUGGGUUUUUUAGCUUUUGUCAUUUGUAUUUUAUUUUGCAGGAGAGGAGCUGGGGAAUCUCAGAUCACAUGGGGGAUUUUAGAAGUAUAUCACUCAACAAUCAUUUUAUAAAGUCUAACUUCAAAAUGCACUAUGAUUUAUUACAAAAAUAUAUUUUCUUCUGUUUGCCGACAUGGUUGUUCCAUUUUGUGAUAAGUUAAACUAAGCAGUUAAUUUGUUGCACUGCCUAGCUGCAUGAAUUCAUCCAGUGUACGUAUGUACCUGUGCAGCAUUACUUUGGGUUUUGUAUUUGAAUUUGCAGUAUUGAUUAUUAUUUUUGUAUUUUACUUUGCCUCUGUUAUUGGAAUUGUAGUAAACAUAAUUUAUACAUAUGAUUUUACAACUGUUUUGCAACUGAAAAGUCUUCUUUAAAUUGUAAAGUUUUAUUGAUGGAUACUCAUUAAAAUGGUAUAAGAAUUAUAUUAACAAUUGUUUUGUGUUUUGAUGCUCUCUGUACAUAAAUAUAUGUCUAUUUAUCUGUUUAAUGGUGCUUGUGUCUUGCAAUUUUGGAUACAUUUUAGAAUAAAGUUUCAUUUUACAAGAA